AACUUAAAUUAUCCAAACAAUUCCCAUAAUUCGAGCCCAAUUAUUCUGCCCUAGACAGGAUAGUAGCGGCGAUGGCGGGCGAGGAAGGAAGCGGCGGCGGCGGCGGGGAGUCGAGUGAUGCGGCGGCCGGAUGGCAAGGAAGAGUAGUGGGCGAAUGGAACAGGAUCAAGGAGCACGCGGAGACUUACCCCUACCUAUGGGGUUCCUACAUCUUGGUCUACGGCGUUCUUGGAUCCUACCUCGCCUACCGGUGGAGGAAGCUCCGGAGGACGGAGGACCGCGUCCGCGUCCUCCAGGCGAGGCUCCGUAAGCUGGUCGAGGCCGAGGAGGCGUCCUCCGGAGGUUCCGUCCCGUCGUCCGCGGCGCCCAAACCGACACCGUCGGACAAGUCGAGUGGGCCUCCCUAGGAGUUCUUCCUGCCGGUAGAACCGGUUAGUAUGGAUCUAUCAAAUCCGUAGAUUCCUUCCCCUCUGGAUCUUGCUUCUGAGUUUUGUCAAAUUUAUGGUUCAGCCGCUCAGCGCGUUCGAUUUUGCUCCUACGUUUUCUCCUACUGUUUCUUUAGCUAAAGGAACAAUUUUUAAAAGGAAAACCCAUCAAAUUUACAUUCUUCUCUCGCUAUUGUAAUAACAUUACUGGUAAGAUUAUGAAAUCAUUGGAGAAAGCAUUUCCAACGAUCGAUUUUGAAGGCGAUUAUAGGCCAAAGUUGUGUUUUUGAGAUGAAAUUGAGCUUUGAAA